GCCGUUCGGUCGUUCAGCCGCUUCCCUGCUUAACUACUAUUAAGGUUAAUUGACCUCAAGUGUUUUAUGCAUGACUUAUCUCACUAACUGUGAAUAUUACGGUUUAAUUGUUUUUCCGGUGUUAACAAGAAAUUUUACUUGUUCGAUUAAAAGAUUGAUCAAAUAAAUGUAAAUCAAUGGCGCUGGGUAUAGAAAAAUAUAAAGACGCCCUCAUAGCCGCUUGGAAGGAUGUUUUGGAUGACAAAACCAACACCAACUGGGCUCUCUUCAGCUAUGAAGGACAAACAAAUGAUUUAAAGGUUGUGGGUAAGGGAGAUGGAGGUAUUGAAGAGAUGCGUGAAGAUCUCAACAGUGGGAAAAUUAUGUAUGCCUUCUGUAAGGUUUUAGACCCGAAAACCAGUUUGAACAAAUUUGUUCUUGUUAAUUGGCAAGGCGAGGGCGCACCUCACCCUCGCAAAGCCACAAGUGCCAACCACAUCAGAGACGUCACCAAUCUUCUGAAAGGCACUCACGUCACCAUAAACGCCCGCAAUGAAGAAGAAGUUGACAACGAUAUUGUUAUUGAGAAGUUAUCCAAAGCUACUGCUUCUGCUUACAGUUUCAAAGACCGCGGUGAAACCGUCAAAGAUUCAGCACCAGUGGGGACAACAUACAAGAGAGUUAUCCCUCAGCAAGAAAUAAAUUCUAAUGAAAGAGACAAGUUUUGGCAAAAAGAAGAAGAAGAGGAAAAGAAAAGACAAGAAGCCGAGCGGAAACGUCGAGAAGAAGAAAAAAGGAAGUUAGAGAACGAAAUUAAACAGCGUGAAAUUGAGGAAGCAGUGCAAAGAGAAGCGAAGAUUAAGGAGAGAAGCAAAAGCAUCUCUGUUUUGAGAGAGGUGGAGAGGAACGAACUGAUGAGGGUGCAAGCGGCCAACAUAGUGGAGAAAGAGGACACUCUAGAGGAUAGAGAACAAGAAGAGAUCGAGAGGAGGGGACGAAGUGAGAUCCUGAAAAGGGAAAGGAGUCAGGAGGCCCAAGCUUUGAUAUCCAAGAGGACCAUCAAUGCUAGAGCAGUUUUUGAACAAAACACAUCAGCUGGUCAAAUGAUACAAAGAAGAGCUUCCUAUCAACCUUCUUCCAACUCUUCAGUAGUCUCCCCAGUCAAGGAGAAGGUGAGAUGGCCGCCUACAGACCACCCAGAGCCCGAGCCUAGCAGUCCUCCCCAGCCCGAGCCACCCAGUGUCUUGAACACUGAAAAGCAACCAGAAACUACAGAAGAUAUUGUAACAUCACAACAAAACGUUCUGGUUGAACAAAAGAAUGGUGUUAUUCAAGACAGCAAUGGUACUUUAAACGGUAAUGAAGUGCUUUCAUCUCAUACAGCUGAUGCAUUGGAAAGAGCCCAACCUUAUUUGGACGAUGCUUACUUGAACAAUGGAGCAAGUUUAGAAGACUAUGAAGACGAAGGACUGAGAGCUCAAGCCUUGUAUGACUAUCAAGCAGCCGAUGAGACAGAGAUUUCGUUUGAUCCUGGAGAUAUAAUCACCAGGAUAGACCAGAUAGACGCAGGCUGGUGGCAAGGUAUGGCCCCUGACGGCAGCUACGGCCUGUUCCCCGCCAACUACGUGCAACUCCUAGACUGAAGCCAGUUUUUAAACUGAAGAUAUUUUACUUCUGGUGGAUCCAGUCUGGUUCUUCCUUCACUGCAACCCUCUGUACAUCAACUUUGUGUGGUUUUCAAUGAUGCUGCCUAGCCUAAUUAAUGUGUACAGUAGAACCUUGAAAUCAAAGGUAAUUGGGUGGACAGGUACCUCAGAUAACGUCAGUCUCAUAUUUGUUUUUAAGCAUCCCUUUGAUUACAUAUGCUCAAUUUGUAAUUACCAGUAUAUCUCUUUCUGAGAAUAAAUCUUCAGGGUGCUGAGCAGCUCUGAGCUUGGAGACAAAUUUGAAGAACUAAUCUUAAGAGUCGGCAGGAGUCAAUCAUUUUGCAUUGUUGUUAAACUUCAGAUGCCAGGCUAAACGGUGGUUGUCCUAGCACCGAUCAGCAAAAACAUGUGUUUACGUUGAAGCAUAUUAAUCAUGCACCGUAAGCUUGAUUACCGAGCAGAAAAUUAUAUGUGAUUCUUAAAUAUAUUUUAUGUGUGAAUUGCUUUUUGGAUUUUUAUAACUUUUGUUUUAGAGGUUGAAAAAUCCCAGUUUAAGUCAAUAUAUUUAUGUAGUUUGACAAAAUUAUAACAAUUAAAAUUCCAAAGUGGGUAGCAAAUCACAUUUGCGGUUUCAAUAGCUGUUAAAUGAGAUAUUUUUCAACUUUUUAUGUUAAUAAACAAUGCCGUAAUAUGCUUCAACCAUUAACAUUGCCGUUAUGGGCAGAAAAUCCAAGAUGGCCAGCGUCCUGCUGACUCUUAAGUUCAAUUUUUACAGCUUCUAAAUCCUCAUCACUGUUCCAAACUUUUAAUAUUUUCUUUCCGAUCAGUCAUCAGUUCCCAAAUCUUAGAGCUACCUGGUUGUCAAUAAAAUGAUAUGCUUCUUGCUCCGAGAUUGAAAUCCACCUAAAAGGUACUGCAAUUUGGGUAAUUUAGCUUCAUUAAUAGGUUAUCAGCAAACACUGUCUUGAGAGGUAUAGGGAAUACUUUAAGCUGGUCUCCAAGAUAUUCCUCAAACUUAGAAACUGUCGACAGUCGGGAUCAAAGUCAAUCAUUGGAUGAAACUUUGUAUACAUUUCCCUAAUGGUUGUAUUGACGAAGAAUGAAGAUUUUGUAUAUCAAGAAUAUUAUUACAACUGACAAAAAACUUGUUUGCACAUUUUGAGAUUGUGCUGAAAUUGUUUUCCUUUUUGUACUCAUGGUCAGGGACUUACAGUAAAUGCUUAAAAUCGUGAACAAAUUUUAUGAAAUGAAAUUAAUAAUAUUAUAAUAUGUAAAACAAUGAUGUACUUAAAUAUCAAAAAUGUGUGAUAAUUUGUGUACUUUUGAAUUUAUAGACUGUAACAAAUGUAGUAGUUUUUGUUUUGUUUUUAUAUUAACGUUGUCUUUAAGUAUUUAUUAUAUUAAGCUAUGUUCAAUGUAUUUAACCCUAUUUUUGUGUUGCUUUCAUUUGUGGUGCUUUAAUUUGAAUAUAUUUUUAUAGAUUGUUUACAUUUAAUUUUAAACUGUACAUACCUAUUUUAGUUAAAUUAAUUUUUGUACAUAUUUAUUAUAUAAGUUCAUUUAAAGAUGUAGUUAAUAUUUAAAACAAAAUUGAUUUCUUGAUUUUACAAGACAUUGACAUCACUAAAUACUAUGUUAUACAUUAUGUAUCUUACAGUUGUUUGGUUAAGUAUUAACAGACUAAUUAAGAACCAAUAGUUGGUUUCUUUUAUACAUUGAGGGUAUUUAUAGUCGGGACCACAUAAGUUUGCAGUUGGUGGCAGCCAAUCACAAGACAAGGCUAGUGCGAUGUUGCCAAAUCGCCUGUUGACAACACUAAUUAAAAUAUACCAAGCAAUAUUUUCAAAUCAGCUGGUAUUAUUAGAUUUGGCAACACCGCACGGUUCUUAUUGGUUCAUUCAAAACCAUAUGGUAAAUAGGGUCCUCCCUCAACUGCAAACUUACAUGGUCCCGAUUUUAAGUGUAAAUUUAAGUUUAUUUUAAUACCGGUACUGAUUGUUAUUCUGUACUAAUAACUAUUGGCUUUAAAAAAUGUGUUGUUAUAGUUUGAAUGGUUUAGUGAAGGGCUGUGUAGUGUGUACACCCUAUAGCUUGGUCAAUUAAUAAUGAUUGUAAUUUGUAUGUUCAAUGGCAGAGAAAGACAAAGAACAAUAUUUAUGUAGAAUAACUUUCACAAUCUAUGAAGUCUGUUAAACUAUUAAAAAAAUUGCCUUUUACAUUUUGCAUAUCCUGUUAGAAAUUCAAGUGUAUAAUUAAAAGUACAGAUUUUUUCCCCUUUGCAAGCUUAGUUACUGUUUCAAUUACUUCAGAAUAUACACAGCCAAAUAUUGAAACUAAUUUUAUUCUCAAACGAGUGCCAAGAUUUAAUACAUAAUACGUAGCACGUUUACAAUGGAACUCAGAUCUUGCAUAUUGAUAAGGUAAAGCUAGUAUCAAGUUAUAAAAACAAAACCAUACUUUCAGUAAUUCCCCAUGAACUAUUUACUUGUUAUCACCAUGUGUACUUGUUUGAAGUAUAGUUUUGAAAACUAGAAUAAUGAUUUGAUUGUAUUUCCGAGCAAUGGAAAAUAACUAAUUGAACAAGUUAAAUAUUAAAUACUUGUGCUGGAAAUGUUGAUCAGUUAGGACAUAUCUCACUUAUACUUGGUUAGCUCAAGUUCAUCUUGAGAUGGGUACUAAAUUAAAACCUAUCUGUUCUUCCUAUA